AUGUCAUCCCAGCCAACAAACCAACCUCAAACAUAUGAAACCACACUCAGUCCUUACCCACCAAGCAACACCAUGGCUCCUGGGUCUCCACCACCUCUGGGUUUCACGCACCCCACAAAACAAGCUCAGAGUGCCCAGCCUCCCUUCUUUGGGUCUCCAGGAAUCAUCACCAAGAGUCAGCAGGGCCAAGGAAACAUACAAAUGGUAAACCCAGCUACAGGAGCAGCAACCACAAACUUUAGAGAAGAAGCAAAGAUACUAGGGGCAAUCCAGAUCCUGAUUGGAUUGAUGCACAUUGGUUUCAGAAUUAUUUUAGGUUUAAUGGACGCCAUUUAUGGACUAGUUUUUGCAUUUCUUUCCUUUGCUUUUAUUAGUGGAUAUGCGAUCCGGGGUGGCAUCUCUAUUAGAGGCAGCCUAGGCAUGAACACGGUCAGUGCGAUUUUGUCCACUGGAGUGACUCUGCUGCUGCUGGAUGCGGGUAUGAAUGGGAUCCUCAGCCAAGACUGCUGGGCAAUCAUAAGUGGGAAAGGAAUCUCAGCCCUGCUGAUCAUGUUCUCGGUCUUGGAGUUCUGCACAAAUUGUACUGUAGCCCAUUCUGCCAACGAAGCAAUCACCAAGACCAGCAGGCCUGUCCUGGUUAUUCCAAAUGUGUAUGCAACCAGUACCUUGGCACCAGAGUCUUCCUCAGCUCCUCCCAGAGACGAUGGCCACCUCGCUUAUGCCAUUUAA